AUGUUUCUAAUAAUUAUAUUUAAACUAUUAAAUGUAGUAGGUUUCAUAAUUUUGUUAUUAAACAUAAGGAUAAGGAUUAAUUCUCUAUGUGGUCUUUUCGACGAUCCCAAUCGCAGUAUGUAUUUACGGUGGACAAACGAGAUUACUUUGGAGGCUAAAAAGAACGAUGACUUGGUGAACAAAAACCGACCUGACAUUUGCAUCACCAGUCUUUACGCCAGUCGAUUCACUAUCAACCAUGGCUUCGGAGAGGUCAAGUCAGCAGCAUUCGACAGCAACCAUUUCCUUUUAUGCAAAGAUCUUUUACAGGUAGCAACAUUCUGUAAAGAUGCUAUGGAUACUCACAACAUAGAAACUGUAAAUGGAAUUCAAGCGAUUGAUGUGGUUUCGGAUCGAGAUGUAUUCUAUAUCUUGUUGUUGCCAGCAAAUGGCAUAUACGUGUUUCUCGAACUUGGUAAUGUUCAAAUGCGAAACAACCUGCAAGAUUUGACGAAAUUGGUGAUGGAUGCUCCUCUUCUAUUACUCAUUAUUGAUGUAUCUGAGAGACUUUGCAUUCUGUCUGCCAACGUGCGUAAUCCUGACCGACAUUGCCCAACCAUUGACCCAUCAAGCUUUAACCACCUAUAUUCUUCAUCUCAAAAUCGAAAUGUUUAUGCCCAUUUCAACGAAAUAACCUUCAAUCGAUCUUAA